CGACAACAAUUCAAUCAACUCUAGAUAUAUAUAUUCCCAACUCCCCAAUUUAACUCGUUUCUCCAUUCUUUCACAAUGGCAUCGCUCGUUAACGUCUUUGCCUGGGAAUCCUUUCGGAAAUUGCUCCUUGUCGGCUAUGAGAAUCUAGCUCUGCCCAUGUCUGACAAUGCUUCCAUCUUCUUGGACCUAGUCGUCUUUCAUGCUGCAUCAGACCCUCUCAUCUUUGCCAUUCGAACUUCAUUGGUCUUUUCUUUCUUUUGUUGGUUCAUGUCCAUGGCCACGGGGACACACUCUUGGGUGGACAGGCUUUGGUCGAUCACGCCCGUUCUUUACGCGAUCCAUUUCUCAGUCCGUGACAUGCUUUAUUGGCCCAAAGAUGACGCUUUUCACUACUUGCCUCGUGUUUACAUCGCCACAGCUCUCAUAUUCCUAUGGGGUGCACGACUGACCUACAACUUUUACAGGAAAGGCGGAUACACAUUCGACAGUGAAGACUAUCGUUGGCCAUACCUUGGUUCAAAGAUUCCCACUGUUCUAUGGUUCUUCUUUAAUAUCUUUUUUAUUUGUCUCUUUCAGAAUUUGUUGCUUGUCGCCAUCACAGUCCCGGUCUAUACUGCAUGGAGAGCAUCGCUUGUGGAGACAACUCCCUUGAAUUGGAUCGAUGCAGUCGCUACACUUUUAUUCAUCAGCGGGUUCACCCUUGAGACUAUUGCAGAUAGGCAGCAAUGGACAUUUCAGGAAAAGAAGCGUAAAGCGAUUAUCAAUAAGGAGGCAUUGAUAGGCGAUUACAAGCGUGGCUUCUUGACCCAGGGUCUCUUCAGAUACUCACGCCAUCCCAACUUUUUCGGUGAAAUGACCAUUUGGUGGUCAAUAUACUUAUUCUCGGUCGCCGCUGGAUAUCCAACUUAUGUUUCAUGGGUCAAUCCUUCUAUUGUUGGCGCUUUCACCCUUACUUGCCUCUUCCAAGGCUCAACGUUGUUAACGGAAUUCUUGACCGCAAAGAAAUAUCCUAGCUACAAGUUGUAUAAAAAGACAACCUCACGCUUCAUUCCUCUUCCCGCAGGAACCAAUCUGGAUGAACUCGAGAAGAAAGCAAAAUAGAAAUAGCAUAUUUCGUAUUUUUUUUAAUGAUGCAUGG